AUGGCGUCAACUACUCAAAGACUUCCUAAUCUUCAUGUAUCUUGGGGAACUACCAGUAUAUCAAAUCUUAUAACACCAAGAAUUCCAGAUGUAUUAGUACCAAAACCAGAUGAUUGUCCAUACAGACAGAAAAUGUUCCGAUAUGUAUGGUCCAAACAUCGCUUGCCGUUACUUUCAUCUCAAGAUGUUGUAAAAGUCGACAUUACAGAAAUAGGUGGAAAGAAAUCAACACCCUAUCGUCUACCCCGUAUUGACCCAGAGAUUCCUGGAAGAUAUCUAGAAGAAUCUAUCUGUACAUCCAGGGUAAUGUGGGGACAGUAUGGUUUCGAAGAUGCUAUAAGGAUUCCAGAAUUAAUUCCAGAUGUGAAGCAACCCAGUAUCAACCAUCCCUCCAAACCACUUGGAGCUCAGUAUCGACAUUCUGGUUCUAACAUACCAUCAUUUCGUAACGCUGCAAUAACACCAAGAAUUAAACCAAAAUCUGAAACAACGUAUUGUAGUGUAGCCAAUACACCUCUAGCUAAAACUCUCUUAAAAAAUGAACCCCUUAACAGAGAAUCUUCAGAUAUGCCAGAUUAUUAUCAUCAUAUCAGAAAAACUGAUAGUGGUGAAGGUAUUAUACCUCCUGGUCCUACUCCAACUCCUAUCAGCCGGUCAUUCUCUCCAACUAAAUCUGUUAAAAGUAUCCACUGGGCUCUGGGCAGCACCCAAACACCACUCUUUGACAAGAAGGGUAGAGGCAGGGUUCAAGGACCAUACUCUCGAGAAUUUACAGUGACCUGUGGAGCUCCAAAUAACUGGUUGAAAAUGAGAUUAGGUGGAACCCGAGUUGUCAGUUGAUCUUUUCUGAAUGACAGACACAUCCCAAUAAAUAUCUUAAGGCAGCCAAAGAUGCUUUUCAUAAUUUUUUUGAAAGUUCUUGAGAUAGUUUAAAAAAAACUACUCUAACAAAGUUGUAAUGCAUGAUUUGUUUGCAAUUACACUUAUGAUAUUAUUUAAGUAAUUUAGAGAUUCUGGAUGUAGGAACAGGGGUUGAAACCAGGACAGGUCUUUAUAGUGUUCUUCUUGAAACAACUUGUUUUUACUUCUUUGUAGUUGUAUAUACAUGUAUUUUAUACCCUAUUAUUAUCUAUUUAUCUAUUUUUGUUUGUUUGUUGUUAUAUUUUGUCAAUAAAUCUUUUGAAUAAUGAAUAUAUACAUAUCCAUUUAACCUGGGACAUCCAUCACACUGCUUCAAUAAUGGUAACAGACCAAUUAGUAUUUGAGUUGAGCAACUCAGAUAUGCCUUGCAAGUUUUUAGCUAUUGAUGUUUGAAAAUAGAAAUUCUAAUAACUUUUGUUUAUUGUUUCUACUUGCUGUUAAUCUAUGAAAAAAUAAAUCAUUUCCAUGGUAUGAUAUAAAUGGAAUAAAAGCUGAUAGAGCUGUUUAAAAAGUU